CUUAUGGUGUAGUAAACGAAGAUUAGCCCUUUUACUUCUUAAAAAUGAAAACAAAAAUGGAAGAUUAAAACGUAAUUCCCAUGAAAAUCACAGACUUCUGUUUACCUCUCACGACAUGUUGGGGAAGUCACGUUUUGUUUUGAUCAAAACUGUAGUCAUAUCAACAUAAACGACAAGAAAAUUACAAAGCCUGUAAUCAGCUAACAUACAAAUGUUUUUGGGGAGAGCUACAGGUUUGGAUGAGCUAUCCAUAGUGUUUGUGGUGCAUUGUUAUCCACGACUGCCAUAAGUUCAUAUCCAUAUCCACAACUCCACACCCUCAAUUUUCAGUUUGAGCAUUCGACAAAAAAAAAGUUUCCAUUUUCCACAUUAGUACUACUAUCACUCUCAAUUUCUUUUUCUCUCUCACACUAAUAUUCUGUUUUAUCUACGCUGCUUCCUUUAAUGGCAUCCAUUUCUAGAUUGACCAUCAAAGAUUGCUCCUUUAAUAAGGCGAGCCCAGCUUUCUUUCACAGGGCUGUCCCUGCUUUAUGGGAUAGGAGACUUAAAUCCCAUCUGGAUUUGAGAGUUGGCAAUUGUGUAACUCUGAAUGGAGAGAAUUAUGCUAUUCAAAGUAAGCCACGGAGUCCCAUUGCUGCUCUUUGUUCUCCUUGGUUAUUCGUCAAAACUUCAAGACAGUCCCACGUUCAGUGCAAGGCUGCAACAAAUGUAUCUGGGGAUGUUCCAAACAGUUCUUCCUCUUCAAAUGAGAUGAAUCUGUAUGAGAAAAUAAUUGAAACUUUGACGACUCUUUUUCCUCUUUGGGUCAUACUGGGAACCAUUAUUGGCAUCUACAAGCCUUCUGCUGUAACUUGGUUGGAGACAGAUCUUUUCACUGUUGGCCUUGGUUUCCUUAUGCUAUCUAUGGGAUUGACCUUGACUUUUGAGGAUUUCAAAAGAUGUUUGCGAAAUCCUUGGACUGUUGGUGUGGGAUUUCUUGCUCAGUAUUUAAUCAAACCUAUGUUAGGCUUUGCUAUUGCAAUGACUCUAAAACUUUCUGCACCUCUUGCAACUGGUCUCAUCCUUGUCUCAUGCUGCCCUGGAGGUCAGGCAUCAAACGUUGCUACUUAUAUAUCUAAGGGAAAUGUAGCACUAUCUGUUCUUAUGACAACCUGUUCAACAGUUGGAGCGAUUAUUAUGACUCCACUUCUUACCAAACUUCUUGCUGGUCAGCUUGUACCUGUUGAUGCUGCUGGUCUGGCGAUGAGCACCUUCCAGGUUGUUCUAGUACCAACAAUUGUUGGAGUGUUGGCAAAUGAAUUCUUCCCCAAAUUCACUUCAAAAAUUGUGACAUUGACUCCUUUAAUUGGAGUGAUUCUCACUACCCUUUUAUGUGCAAGCCCAAUUGGGCAAGUUGCUGAGGUCCUCAAAACUCAAGGAACACAGCUAAUAUUGCCAGUGGCUCUUCUUCAUGCUGCUGCAUUUGCUCUUGGUUACUGGCUUUCCAAACUAUCAUUCGGGGAAUCCACUUCACGAACCAUCUCUAUAGAGUGUGGGAUGCAGAGCUCUGCAUUAGGAUUUUUACUUGCUCAAAAGCAUUUUACAAACCCCUUAGUAGCUGUUCCUUCUGCAGUUAGUGUUGUCUGUAUGGCGCUUGGUGGGAGUGGUCUUGCUGUCUUCUGGAGGAACAGACCGAUUCCUGUCGACGACAAGGAUGAUUUUAAGGAGUGAAGAUUUCUCUUGAUGAUAUGUUGGUUUAAGAGAUUUCACACUUCUCAUUCUUAGUUUUUUCUUUUAUCUUUUUUUAGAACAUGAGUAAAGGACAUAGCUUUUAAUGAUUCGAAUAUCAAUGUGGGCUGUUUUUUCUUAUGAAAAUUUUCAUGAAUGUGUUUUGGAGUUUC